AUGGAAGUUUUUCCAGACCAGUUCAUGGAAUUCCACCCUAUCCACGGUACGAAUGUGCAGCUGGACUACACCGGGACCCAGGCCACGCGAGUAGAGAGCUUUGCCAAUGGCGUGUGCUUUAGCAAACAACCCUUGAAACCCGGAGAGAUUUUCCUCAUCGAAAUUGAGGACAAGGAGCUAGGUUGGUGUGGGCACCUCCGGAUCGGACUGACCGCCAGAGACCCGAGAGACUUGGAGGCGGUCCCUGAAUACUCAAUCCCAGACCUGACAGACCAGGGUGACAGCUGGGUGUUCGCCAUUACUCGCAACCACAACAAGGUUACGGAGGAAGUGGAUCCAGGAGAAGGUGGGCAAGACCUGAGGGAGGCACUACCUGGGGGUCAGCGACUCGGCCGAGAGGAGGUUGAAAACGAGAGCGACGCCAACAGUAAGCCAAAGACUUUUUUCACGGACUCUCAUUUGCACAUUGAGAAUAUUCGGAUCCCCAGAGACAAGCUUGUUGGUCGCAGCCGGCCUGGACGCUUCAGCCACAUUCUGGACGACUUGUACAAGACCAACACUUUGCCGCCGACAGCCAGGCGCAGCCGGAUAGGAGUUUUGUAUGUACCGAAAGGCCGUAAUCGAGGUGACAUGCAUAUUGUCAUCAAUGGGGAGGACAUGGGUGCUUCUGCAAGAGGCAUCCCCACCACAGAACCUCUUUAUGCCGUAGUGGACGUAUUUGCUGCUACUAAGUGUGUCAGGAUAGUGCAGGUGGAGUAUGGCUUCUCCUCCUUGCAGACACUGUGCAGAAAGUCUAUCCAGAAGCACGUUAUCCACAGAAUGGCAAUUGACUGGCUGGAGCUACCAGAGGCACUAAAGCAUUUCUGCAAGUACGAGUGA